AUGAGAAUUGCAUACAUUGAAAACCAGACUAAUGGGGACGUGGCAUGUCACAUUGCACUCUGUAUGGAAGAGGACUACAAGACAGACUUCAAUGACAAGCUGUUCUUUGACCUUCAGAGAAUGGUGGCAACAAUCAAUGCCACUCAGAAGUCAAAGAGCUUGCAGGGAAAUGAGUCUAAUAUCUUCAAGCAAAACACUCUGUGGGUCUCUGACAGUCAAACUUCUCACAGCAUCUCAGCCACAAAAUCCUCUAUCAUAAAGAAAGCCUUGGACACUCAUUCAGAUAUUCAGUGCUACUACUGCAAGAAGAAAGAUCACAUUGCCAGAAACUGCUCUGUGAAGCAGAAGUCUCAACAGAUGAUCACUGAGCUCACAGAGAAUGACACUUCUGAGUCUUCAGCAGAUUUGAGAAAAGAAAAGUUUCAGAAACUCCCAUUCAAAUGCUGCAUGAAGGGAUACAAUGAUGCCUCUGAUGAGGUGAUAGACUGCACAUUGACCCUAAACCUCUGGGUGAAUGGCUGGAGAUUCCGGAAUGUUCCUCUGCUGAUGAUGGACCUAGGCCAGUACUCUGUCAUCCUGGGAUGA